CUCUCUCUCUCUCCCCCUCUCAAGCUCUGCCCCUCUUCUGCCAACUGCACGCUCGACCGCGUAGCCCCUCGGAUCGCCCGAAUCCCCAGCGGCCGGAAGAUGGGCGCCCUGACGCGCGUCCGACGCCUGCCCACAUGGCGGCUGCUCGAGCUGGCGAUCUAUGUAUGCGUGCUGGUGGCCGUUCUGGCAACCCUGACUCCAUGGGCGUCGAGAGAGCUGACCACCAUCUGCCUGGCUCGGGGGACCGGCGGGCGGAUGUCCUGCCGGGGGUUCCUGCGAGGGAGCUGGCUCACGGAGAACAUUCUGCGCGGGCGUCUGAUCGAUCUGGCCGAUCACCAAUGGCGCGCGUACCGCAACAACAUCCCCCUCUUGCUCGGUGGAACCGGGGCCAUCGUCCUCGUCGGGGCUCUUCUCCGGGCCUUGACUGACCGCCGAAACCGCGGCAAGCCCGGUGCCUCGACCUCUCCGCCCGCUGGGCCUCUGGUGGUCUGGCAUGCGGUGGCCGGUGGCCUGUUGGUCCUGGUGAUGUUCCAGUCCCAUGUGGUCUUUCCAUUGGCCUUCAUCCUGGGCAACUAUCUGCUUGCCAGGGCGGUGGCCCGCCGGCCGCGCAUCGCCCCGGCAGCCAUCUGGACCUACAACCUGCUGGUGCUCCUGCUGUCGGAGUGGCUCGGCCCCAACUUCUUCCAGUAUUCCACCCUACUUGACAUUCCGGUUCUCGGGGAUGCCUUCCAGGCGGUGGGGCUUCGGACGGUAUUCUAUCGCUUGGAUAUCAGCCUGUCCGGCAUGCAGAGCUGGCGCUCCGGCUACAAUUUGACCAUGCUGCGCUUGGUCAGCUAUGCCAUGGAUUACCACUGGGCCGCGUGCCGUCGGCGUGAGGGGUCCCUCCCGCCUGGCAGCCAGUCCAAGACCUCGGCCCUGGGAGAAUCGACCCGCCACAAGGCCCCUGCCUCUUCGCCCGGUGCCCUGGAGCAGCACAUGCGCACCGACUGCUCACCCGAGAUGUACCGGUCAUUGGUGCUGUACCUCGGCUACAUUCUCUACCCGCCACUCUUCAUCGCCGGCCCCAUCCUCUCAUUCAAUGGGUAUGCCCACCAGACUCGAACGCACGCGGGGCAGACGGCAGUUCGUGGCUGGUGGCUCGUCUUCUAUGCCUUGCGUGCCUGCUUCGGCUUGGCCCUCAUGGAAGUGCUCACGCACUACCUGUGGCCAUGGGCUGUGACACGCUCCGGCGCCUACCAGCUUUUGGAUGCACUUGCGACCGGCCUGCUGGGGUACUUUGCUCUGCAUCUGAUUUGGUUGAAAUUUUUCACCAUCUGGCGCUUCGCCCGGCUGUUUGCCCUGAUCGAUGGCAUCGACACUCCGGAGAACAUGGGCCGCUGCAUGUCCAACAACUACAGCCUGCAGUCAUUCUGGCGCGAGUGGCAUCGGUCCUUCAACCGCUGGCUGGUCCGGUACCUGUAUGUGCCCCUGGGCGGGUCGGCCCAUCGGUGGCGGAAUACCCUGCUGGUGUUCACCUUCACCGCCCUGUGGCAUGAUCUGGAACUGUCGCUCCUGGCAUGGGGCUGGGUGCUGGCCAUCGUCAUUGUGCCGGAAACCCUGCUCACCACAUGGGCCCGACACCCGCGCCAGGCGUGGCUCCGCGAUCGGUGGUACUACCGCCAUCUGUGUGCGAUCACCGCCGCAUGCAAUAUCUUCUUCAUGAUGGCCAUCAACUUGAUUGGCUUCAGCACCGGCCUGGCCGGGACCCACCGGAUUCUGGUGAUGCUCUUCACCACGGCCCGCGGCUGGUCCGUGGUCCUUGGCGCGAUGGCCACCUUCUUCUCCGCGGCGCAGGUGAUGUUCUUCCUGCGCGAGGUCCAGGAUGGUGCCGAGAGUGGCGGAUCGCCAGCUGGCGCCGGGGCCCCCGGGGCCACCGGGUCGCCGCUGCUUGCCGGGCAGCUCCUGUCACAGGGAUAUGCCCAUGGCGGCGGGCACUUGGGAAUGCCACUGUCACCAUCCGCCCCGGGGUCUCAGCACCUUUUCUUCUCCCAGCAGCCCGGCCCUCGGCACGAGGAGCCCCCCAUCCAAAUGAUCCACCUUUCGCCCAAUGUGUCAGUGGAUGAGUAUGGUGUGCCAUCGAAAAAGCCAUCGGCCCCGGCUGCCACCACCGCCACCGCAAUCCCCAUGGCCUACACGGCCACCACCAGCGGCAUGGGUCCAGGAGCAGCCCCUACCCCGCACAUGUCCCCGGCACUUUCGGCCAUCGGCACCGCCACCACCAUCCCGCCCGGUAACAGCAGCAGCCUGCCAGACCAUCAUCCUCUGCAUGCCUCACUCGAUGGAGCACCAUCCCUGGCAGCUGGGCGGCAAGUUCAUCCAGCGAGCGACUUCGCGGCCGGUCGCGAUCGCCAAUCCGUCGGUCGGCGAUUCUCCCCGCCGGGCAUGGCUGGCUUUUCGUCAGCCAAAGACCACGAUGCUUGAGAGCGGGCUGUUCCUCUUUUUUGCCUUUUCCCUCUCUCCCUCCCUCUCUCUCCUGUACUUCCUAUCUUCGAACCUAUGUCCUUGAUGAUCUUUCCCGCGUCCCCGCCCAAGAUGGGGAGAAUAUAUCCACACACAAACACA